AUGUUCAUGCUUUCUAUCUCCAUAGACUGGGCACUUUCAAAAGCUGGACUGUUGGUGCUUCUGAGCUUCUUCUGGUCUCUCUUUCUGAUCGUCGACGCUAAUCGACGUGAGAAGCCAAUCUCCCUCCUGGCAUCUUUUGGUCUCCUUCUUCACACGAUCCCCUCAGUUUUCCUCCUCGGCACUGUCAUCAUUGCUCAACAGGUCUAUGACAGCACAUUGGUAUGGUUUGUCUCGUUACUUGCAUUCCGCUACUGGCGCAUCAUCGUCAACAUCUUCUUCUGGUUUCAGUAUAAACCAGCACUGACGUCUGAUGAUCUGAAGAUCUCAUCAGAAUCCUGUACAGUCGUUGUACCAACGGUUGGUCCCCAGGGUAAUUCAGUCUACGAUGAGAUGAUUGCGGCGAUUUUGUACAAUCGUCCUGCUCGUCUCAUUUUCUCCACGAAUACCGAGUCUGCCGCUGAGCAAGUUAAUGCUUAUAUGCCCAGCCUUCUGGCCGCUAUAGAAGCAGGUAAGUCAGCCUACCAGAUGCAGUAUAAUCUGAAAGCAUUCCGCCCAACGACUGAGAUCUUGGUUCUGAACGCAUCCGUCUCCAACAAGCGCCAGCAAGUUGUGCAUGGUUUCCAGAACGUCGAGACUGAAAUUUUGGUCAUGGUCGAUGACACUGCAAUCUGGCAUCCCAAUUUCCUUGCCGCUUCACUUCCUGCAUUUGGCGACUCCAUGGUAGGCUUUGUAGGCACUCGUAAAUGGGUCAAGCGUUUCGGUCGCACUCAUCACCCCGAACUAGGCUUGUUCACAAACUUGUGGACCCAGUAUAAGGCUGGUUUCUGGAAUACUAUGGGUGGGUUGUACCUGGUCCGACAUAACUUCGAGAUCCGGGCAACUAAUGCUGCUGAUGGUGGUGUCUUCUGUGUGUCUGGACGAUCAAGCUUGAUACGCACCAGCAUUGUCAAGAAUGACACAUUCACUGAAGCUUUUACCGACGAGUACAUUCUUCGGUUAGGUGAUCACUUCCCUGGCUGGGGUCCAGUUACAGCUGAUGAUGACGUCUUCAUCACUCGAUGGGUCAUCAACCAGGGUUGGGAUGUCAAGAUCCAGUCAUCCAAGGAGGCCACAAUGACAACUGUCCUCGGUAGGUAUCCACUGAAAUUUCCAGAUCAGUGCAAACGUUGGAGCCGCACUACUUUCCGCCAGAAUCCUAUCUCCUUAGUGGUAGAUCGGACAGCGUGGUGGAAGUGGCCUCUGACAGUCCACACAACCCUCUUCCCCUGGAUGUACAAUGCGGCUCUCUUCUGGGACAGCCUCAUGGUAUACACCCUUAUGCAGACCAACCUUUACGCCAAUUCGUCUCACCCGGCACUACUUCUGUGCGCCAUGGUAGGUCUCAUUUGGAUCUCAAAACUUGUCAAGACUAUUCCGUGGUUUUGGGAGUAUCCCAUAGACUUCCUACUAUACUUCGUUAUCCCUGCUUACCCAGCCUUUGCCUACUGGCACUCUCUCUUGAAGGUUUACACUGCCUUCACAUUCUGGGACCUCGCAUGGUCCGGUCGCAAGCUGGAGUAG